AUGGGGGCCUCCAACUCCAAAAUGGAUGAUGAUAAGGCACUCCAGCUGUGCCGUGAAAGGAAGAAAUUUGUAAGGCAAGCACUUGACGGGCGCUGCUCUUUAGCAGCUGCUCAUGUUUCAUAUGUCCAGUCAUUGAAAAGUACAGGAACAGCUUUGAGAAAAUUCACAGAACCUGAAGCACCAAUUGAUUCUUCCUUAUACACUUCUACCAAUGCCACACUGGGGGCACUUGAGAAAACCCUGUCCCAAUUCUCAUCGAAUUUGGCAUCUGUAUCACAACGCAUUGAUACAACUGAAACCUUUUCUCCAACUCCCUCUCCACCUAGCUCUAUUAAGUUCCAAGCAAAUCAUAUGAAAUUUAGCACCAGUUCUUCUAAGAAGGUUGAAGAAAAACCACCUGUACCUGUUAUUGGAACAGUAACACCAUCAGAAACUCCAUACAAUGCUGCUCUUCAUCCCUCUGGAAAGUCUGAAACAUUAGCAUCUGAAGAUUCUUCUCUUCCAGUUGAAACUCCACCAUGGGAUUAUUUUGGUCUCUUUCAUCCUAUUGAUCACCAGUUUUCUUUUCAAGAUGGGAAGGCCAUUCACCAAGAUAUGGUGGGGAAUGCUGAUGAUAUAACCCAAGUUACGGAGGAGGAAGGGAUUCCUGAAUUAGAAGAUGAUGAGAAGAUUUCAUCUCAUGGGAGGGAAGACUCUAUGGACUCUGAAGAUGAAUUUGAUGAUGAGCCUGCCACUGAUACCCUAGUCCAAAGAUUUGAAAAUUUUAAUAGAGUUAAUGAUCAUGUUAAAGCCAAUGACUCACCUGCCACAAAUAAACCUCUGAAUGGGGAUUCUACUUCUGAAUUUGAACUUGUGAAUGGGGAGAAGGGGAACUCCCCUGUUGUAUCACCAUUAAAGACAGCUUCCACAGAAGUUCCACUUCCAACUGAAUCAAAUAAAUUGAUGGAGCAAGAAAAUCACAGUGAAAAAGUUGUUCCUAAGGAUCUCUUUUCAAGCAUGAAAGAUAUUGAAUUCCUCUUUGUUAAAGCCUCUGAAUCUGGUAAAGAGGUUCCAAGAAUGCUCGAGGCAAAUAAGUUGCACUUUCGUCCUCUAUUGCCUGCUAAAGAAAAUCAUUUGGCAACACCCUCAUUUUUAAAGGCAUGUUUCUCAUGUGGGGAAGGCCCAAGUCAGCUUCCAGAAGAACCUGCUCAAAACUCGGUUAAGUAUUUAACUUGGCAAAGGACAAUGUCUUCUCGAUCUUCUUCAUCCAUUAACCCUCCGGGACCAAACUCAAAAGAUGAUAUAGAGGACCUUACAAAUAAUCUCUUUGAUAGUUUAUGCAUGAUCUCUGGAGGUCAUGCAUCAACCUUGGAUAGAUUAUAUGCAUGGGAAAGAAAGCUCUACGAUGAAGUGAAGGAUGUUGCAGAAGUCUUGGUUUGGAUAUCAGAUUAA